GGCGCGGGGGAACCGUCGCGUUGGAGACGGCGGGAUCGGCGUCCCAACCCCCCCUCCCUCUCCCCGCAGUCGGGAAGCCCCCGCGCGGCGGUGAGAGGGGCCGGGGGGGGAGUCCUGCGGCCCGAGGCUUCCAACUGGUGGUGAAGGAGCUGGGAUGAAGUAGUGGCGUGAGGACCCCGCGCCUUAGCAUAAAAAGGAAAGAGGCUGGAAUCGAUGGUGGUGUGCGCCUCUGGCUGUUCCCUAUGGCAGCCACGGACCCCCAGGUCCUGGCCUUGGCUGCUCAGAUCACUGAGAGCAGAGAACAGGACAUCCCCCUGCUGCUGCUGAAGUUAAAGGGAAUUUUAAGUAAUUCUUCCUUAGGAUGUGAAGAAUCAAAUAAAAUUAAGCAAGAUGUAUAUGAUUAUGGUCUUACUCAGUACUGCUUGCUGGUCCUUAAGCGAGACCACUCUCAGCUGCAUGGAGCCUGGGCUACUGCUGCCCAGCUAGCAGAGAUACUAAGUCAUUGUUGUGUAGGGCUGGAGGUGAAAGAAGAUCCAGAGGAAUUUUACAAGAAGUUUCUUCCUUCAGCUAUAGACAGCCUGCUGGUUUUGGGAAAACGCUUGCAAGCACGAUUUAUCCGGGCAAUCAAGGAUAAAGAAAAACAAGACUUUUUACGCUGGUUCCAAACAGUAACUGAUGCCAUCUGCUGGCUGUUCGGUGGGCAUAUUCAACUAGCAGCAUGUGUACUACAAAAUGAUCGCUUCCUGCAGUUGUUAAUAACAGAUGAUGUUGAAACAGCAAUUAUAAUGAUGUCUGUGUUACACAAUAUUUUGAGGAUCAAUAGUUCUGCCUUGCUUCAAGUUGAAGAAGAGACUCUUCACUCUGUUCUGGAUGAGCUUGUUUAUAAGCUUUCCUCUACCACCAAUCCUGCUGUAGGAAGUGCUGCCACAAAACUGCUGCUGUCAGUGGUAAAACUUUGCAAGCAGCUUGUGCAGUUAUUCACAACUCGCUACAAAGGAUUAAAAGGGCUUUUAAGUAAACAGUGGACUGGCAAAGGAUUUGACAGGGAGGUCAAUCAACUCUUGGAUCUGCUGUAUUUGGAACAAUCCAGUGGAAAAGGAGAAAUGCAGAAGCAGCAUCAAGCAGCUUGUAUAAUCCAGGCAGCGUGGCGGGGAUUUCAGACAAGGAGAAGGCUGAAAAAGCUACCCCAAGCAGUGAUCACUUUACAGAGAAGCUUCAGAGCUAAACGGGAACAGGAGCUGCAGCAUUUAACAAAACAGAAAGAAGAUGAAGCUCUAAAACUGCAAAUGCAACUUCAGAGACAGAGGGCCAUGAGGCUCUUCCAUGAACGACAGCUGGCCUUAUUGGAAGUUGUCCAUGCCAGUCAAGUGAAUAAAUACAUGCAGGAAAUGGAGGAGAAAUCAGCAUUAACUAUCCAGAGAUUCUGGCGAGGCUAUAGAGCAAGAAGAACUUUUCAUCAGCAGAAACAAUCUCUGAAGGAGUAUAAGGCAGCUGUCAUCAUUCAGAGAGCAGCUUGUAAAUUCUUGGAGAAACGAAGAAGGAGGAGACCUCUCUCUCCUUGGAAAGAACCCAAGGGACUGACUGAUGAGCAGAGACUCGCUUUGCAGCAGAAGGUGGAUGACUACAUCAAAUUGCAUCCGGCUUCCCAAAUGUCAGAAGAAAUGAGUAAAGAAUUGCAUAUGCAGGCUCAGGCAAAGCUGGCACAGUUCCUGUUGCGGAGCAGGCUGGAUCGGAGAGCAGCACAGCGGAGAGAGGCUUUACUAGCUCAGGUCAACACCGACGUGGAGCUGCUAAUGAAUGCUCCAGGUUUAGCAGAGGCCACAGAAAAAGAUCUUGGUGUCUUUAUGAGUCGAUCAAUCCCUGUAGCUACCAAGGCAAGACAAAGCCACAACACUAUGCUAAAAUACGCUCAAUGGCCAUGGUGGAAGAAGCUUGGAGAAGAGUUUAUGGAGGAUGAUGUAAUUCCUGACAGUGCCAUAAACACAGAACUGGAAACUCUCUUUAUUGGAGGAAGGAAAUCCUUUUAGGUAACAAGCAGAAGAAUUUCAUAUUCAACCAGACUCAUAUCUAGCACUAUGCACUCACUUGUGUAUGUUUUUAAGGAAGGAAAACAUUUGAAAAAGGCCAAGGCCUUAUUUUGGUGCAUUUUACUUAGUAAGAAUCCCUUCCUGUACAUCAACAGCUGGAUCCUAUUGAUUGUGCUGUUGCAAAUAGGAUGUAAAUACUCUAAUUGUAAAUGAAGGUGUUUUGUAAUUUGUAUCACUUUAAAAGUAAGUUCAUAACCUUUGCUUUUCAGUUCUUAUUCACACUGGGAUGCAUAAAGAAUCUGGACGUUGUAAAAGCCUGAGAUUUUAUAGCAAAACAUUUUAUCACGUGAUGUGCUUUGAGAUACAGAUGUGUCCAGAACAAACCAAGAAACCAACAGAAAAUCAUGCAAACAUGAGGAAGGCUGGGUGCUUUCUCUGUAUUCCUCCCAGACUACCUGUCCUUGCUUCCACCCUCUGUAGGUUUCCUUUUGUUUGAGUUUCUCCAGGAGCUCUUUGUUCAUCCACGAGGACUUCCUGGUUUUUUUGCCUGAUUUCCUGAGCUUGGAGAAGGUGAUUCUUGAACAUUAGCCAGCUUUCUUGGUCCGUCCAGGGCUUUAUCCCAGGCUACUCCACCAAGCAGGUCCCUGAAGAAGCCAGUCUAGUCUGGCUGAAGUCCAGGGCAGUGAGCUUGCUGUGCACCCUCCUUGCCACCCUGGAACUCUACCAUUCCAUGGUUACUGCAGCCAAGGCUGCCUUGGGAUUCUCAUUCCCCACCAGCCCCUCCUUGUGGAUGAGGACAAGGUCCAGCUUUGCACCUCUCCUUAUUGGUUCCUCUAUGUCUUGGAGAAGCAAGUAAUCAGCAGUGCAUUCUGGGAACCUCCUGGAUUGCCUGUCGCCUCGGUGUUGUCCCUCUAACAUGUACUGGGGUGGUUGAAGUCUACCAUGAGGACCAAGACUUGUGAAAGUGUGGCUGUUCUUAUCUGUCUGUAGAGGAUGUUACCAGCGCAAUCUUCCUGUUUGGGCAGUCUAAAGCAGACCCCUACUAUAAUGUCAGCAGUCCCUGCCCUCUCUUUAAUCCUGACCCAUAAACUCUCAGCCAGUGUGAUCAUCUGGACCAUCAGCUCUGUCUUCUUAAACCACACAGGAGUUACUUCAUCCAGAAAGAUCUCCAGCACUGGGUGUCUGCAGUAACUGUGACCUGGAGCACCUACAGCCAAGAGCUGAAGGGUGCUGCCUACUGAUGUGUCUGGAACAAGAAUUUCAGACUGUGUUAGUACCAUAGCUACUUGUGCUAUUUUUCAGAUGAAAGGCCAGAGAUGUUAAAAAUUAGAUCUUGCCUCAGUGCAAAGGAGGAAAAAGUGCAGUGGUUUCUGCUGGUUGUACGUGGGCAGCAGUAUUGGUUCAGCAUGUUUGUUUUCCAUUCACUCUGGAAGGCCUUGAGUCUUAAUUUUAGUGGAGAUGAAUGGAAAACAAAUAAAUAGAAACAGUGGGCAGAAGACCAAGCCCAUUCAGAUGCAGCUGAUACAUGGAAAUUAAUAACUGGAUGGCUGCCAGGAGGAAGAGUUGUGCUCUAUGUUAACUUUUUUUUCACAGAGCUUUGAUUUGGAAUGCACUGAAUUGGCUCACAAUUCCUUUCUUGGACAGUUAACUGAUGGAACAAUCCAUUAAGUAUUUGCUAGGGCACUUGCAGGUAUCUUUUGAGUUACAUAUUAUUCUGUACAGCUCUGCUGUGUUAGUUUCAAGCCAUGCCCAUAACAAAAUGGGCGUCCUACAACUACAAGAGCAGAGGGUCUGGGGGCAGUCACCAAGUGCUCCAGGGGAUGGAAGCUAUCCCUCAGCAGCCAAGCUCUGGCCCUGGAAAUGGCCCAGAAUCUCUGGAUGAACUGCAGCAAGCCAGCUUUUCCCUUCUAAAUACCUGAGUCCUCUGUGCACAUCAUCGUCUCCUCGGCUGUGCAGCCUCUGGCCCAAGCUAUUUUGAUGCAGAAAUCUCUGCUCUUAUGUUUAUUCCUAAUCACCCUUAUCUAACAGCUCCUUAGUGCAGGGAGAUGGUCACAAAAGGGCUUUGCUGGAUGUAUCUUACAUAAAGAGCUGAACCCCCAUGGUCAGUGUUAAAUGCCAAGUGAAUUAGAGAGCCAUAUUCCCACAAUGCUAUUUAUUGUAGUGGCCUGUGCCACUCACCAUCAGUGGAGUGGAUAAUGAACUCCCCCUUUGGAAUAGGCAAUUUGCUAAAUCAUGGGGGUUUUCAAGUGAACAGAGAACCUAGUGGAAGAUGCUGUUUUGCUGGAGGAAUUCAAGUGGCUGGUCCAGCAGCACAAAUUCCUCUGCUCUACCACAGCCCAAAUAAAAAUGCUUUGUUUUACCUUGUGCUUCUCACCAGGAGAUCACAGUCACAUCUAUUUUACAGACCAAGGAAACUGAGGCAAAAAAGCCAUGAGGGAACAUGCCUAUGGCUAUAUAUUGCUGUGUAACCUCUCACUUGUUCCUGUUGCUGUCCCAGGCAGAGCAAGCCAGAAAGGGGCCACGUGCUGGAGUGGAGCUGGGAGAUUAAUGGAUGCCAAUUGCUGUGGCCAGUUCAGAGCCGGGGCCCAGUAAGAGGGAUUCCAAAUCUCCUUGGAUGCCCCUCUUGGCUCACAGUGGGAGGGAUUUGGCAUAGUUUGACUCAUCUUCUUUUCAAGUCUUCCUGCACCAUGUGCAGGACAUGUUGCUGCAUCUUAUUACAGCUCCUUCUGGAAUAGAAUACUCCUGCCUUAAUAAUGGGAACAGAUAUAGACAGCUGAAUAGAAGCCACCUCCAGCUUGCUACCAAUUGCAUUACACAAUUACCCAAAAAAAGACUGUAAGAGUGGCCAUGAGCUGCAAUGGUCCAUCCCACUCCUGCUUUCCUGUUUGCCACAGACCACAGGAAUGCCCAGAAAGCCUGGAGCUGUUACUUGGGCAUAAACCUGGGUGGUCCAGCCAGGCAGGAAAAAGGGGCAGUUUGGUCGUACCCAGCAGGUCUGGACCGUGCCCCUUUGGGUAGCAAGCAGGCUUGGCUUGGCAGGCUGAAGACAGACCUUGCUCACCCAGAGGAAUUCUCUCUCCACGCUGGUGGGGUGACAUUCCUGGAGGGUACCUGUGACAAGGCGAGGGGCAGAGGUGGAGCCCAAGCUGUGAAGGCAGUGGCACUCAGGUCAUUAAAUAUUGAUGCUGUCUAAGCUGGCCUGUGGGGGUGAUUGACCUGAAUUGCAGGUUUCUGUUGCUGUGAUAAAUUGGACCAAUUUGUC